AUGGGUAAGAAGGAAAUACUGGUUUUCCUCAUCAUCAUCAUCCUGACUGAGCCUAGCGUGCCAGAAGCUAACUGCAGCUGUCUCAAUUCACACUGUGACUGUCGCAGUAUGAACCUCACCAGUGUCCCUCAGAACCAAAUAGAUUGUUUCCCACAUCUGCCCAGGCUUAAAACGUUGACCUUGAAGAAGAAUAGGAUUACCCAGAUUUCCCCUAAAACAUUUUUAAAUCUACCCAAACUAACAUUUUUACUCCUAAAUUUCAACCAGAUAACUAACAUUCAGCCCGGAACAUUCUCAAACCUUCCAUGUCUCAAACGUUUGUUCCUGGGUAACAACCAGAUAACUCAUAUAUCGGCUGGUGCGUUCUCAAAUGAUCCCCAGCUCCAAAUGUUGUUCCUUCACCGUAAUCAGAUAAGUGAAGUUCAAUAUGGUACAUUUUCUGGCUUACCCCAGCUUCAAAGUCUUCACCUGAACAGCAACAAAAUAACAACUAUCGAGUCUGGCUCAUUCUCAAAUCUACCCAAGCUGCGUUGUUUGAUGCUGAGCAAUAACCAGAUAGCUGUCCUUCCCCCGUCAAUCUAUGACAUCUUAUCAUCACUGUCUAUGGUAGCAAUUCAAUCAAACCCCUGGCAGUGUGACUGUGCGAUGCUUCCAUUCAGGCUUAAAAUGACUGGGUCUCAUGCAUUUGAGAAUAUGAUAACAUGUGCCCAACCUGCUAACUUUAGAUCAAAAGCGCUGAAGGAUAUCAAUCCUGAAAACCUAGUGUGUAAAGAGCAAACUACGCUUAAAACGUUGACCUUGAAGAAGAAUAGGAUUACCCAGAUUUCCCCUAAAACAUUUUUAAAUCUACCCAAACUAACAUUUUUACUCCUAAAUUUCAACCAGAUAAAUAACAUCCAUCCUGGAACAUUCUCAAAUCUUCCGUGUCUCAAACGUUUGUUCCUGGGUAACAACCAGAUAACUCAUAUAUCGCCUGGUGCCCUCUCAAAUCUUCCCCAGCUCCAAAUGUUGUUCCUUCACCGUAAUCAGAUAAGAGAAGUUCAAUCUGGUACAUUUUCUGACUUCCCCCAGCUUCAAAGUCUUUACCUGUACAGCAACAAAAUAACAACUAUCGAGUCUGGCUCAUUCUCAAAUCUUCCCAAGCUGCGUUGUUUGAUGCUGAGCAAUAACCAGAUAGCUCUCCUUCCCCCGUCAAUCUAUGACAUUUUAUCAUCACUGUCUAUGGUAGCAAUUCAAUCAAACCCCUGGCAGUGUGACUGUGCGAUGCUUCCAUUCAGGCUUAAAAUGACUGGGUCUCAUGCAUUUGAGAAUAUGAUAACAUGUGCCCAACCUGCUAACUUUAGAUCAAAAGCGCUUAAAGAUAUCAAUCCCGAAGACUUAGUGUGGAAGGUCUUACAGACUUAA